UACAUGUAUAUUCCAUUGAAAUGUUAAUAUACGGCUAAAAAGUUGCGUUAUACAAAAAAUGCAAAAUAUGAAGAAAAAAGAUUUGUUGGCUAUAAUAACAGGAAAUCCUUUGUCAAAUGAGAAGGUUAACACUUUGCCAGAGAAUCUCCUAGGAAUACUUUUCGAGGAUAAAACAUCCCAGCACAACAAUAGCAGCAAGAAUUCAUCCUUUCUUGGUAGAAGCCAUUUCAGCCAUUUCACGCCAAAUGCUGUGGCGAGAUAUUCGUAUACAAAUUUAAAAGCAGUCGUCGAUUCUAAUGGUGCUUGUGACAUCAAAAGGUCGUCAGUCCUCCGUAUUGGGGAAUGUAGAGGAGAAUUAGAUGUAAUAGGUAAUUUGGCAUGGAGAAGGAAAGGGCUUGGAAUCCAGCCAGAGUCAGAAUCCGCUGGCUUCUGUAGCAUCCGGUGCAAGGUUAUUUGUUUCUCCAUGAAAAACAGACGAAAUUACAAUUAAAGCUGUUCAAGGAAGCUGUUCGAGAGAUCACCCAAAGUAGGAGUAUUUUCAUCGUCAUGAUACUAAGUGCACUCCUGUUCAAAGCGAUUCUUGUUGCUGUCCUAAGCUUUCUGGAUAAUUGGCACGCGGAUGCGUGUUCAGUUCCUUACAUUCGUGAAAAGAAAAGAAACGAGAUAAAAGUCAUCGAAGUGACCAGCGGAGAGGAUGUUAAACUCACUUGCCAGAUCAGAACCUAUGGUCAGACCUCAAAACUAAGGUAUUACUGGCUCAAAGACAAUCAGACGCUCAUUCCAUCGAAUCAUCAACGUCUGAGGUUAAAACCCUACAGA